CCGGACGCUGGCGCCGGAAGCUCGGGCCGCGGCUGCGCGGGGAGAGCGCCGGUGCGGGCGCGGGGCUCGGCGAGGGCCAUGAACGGGACCGCGAACCCGCUGCUGGACCGCGAGGAGCACUGCCUGCGGCUCGGGGAGAGCUUCGAGAAGCGGCCGCGGGCCUCUUUCCACACCAUUCGCUAUGACUUUAAGCCAGCAUCUAUAGAUACUUCAUGCGAAGGAGAGCUUCAGGUUGGCAAAGGAGAUGAAGUCACAAUUACACUGCCACAUAUCCCUGGAUCCACACCACCAAUGACUGUGUUCAAGGGGAACAAACGGCCCUAUCAGAAAGACUGUGUGCUUAUUAUUAAUCAUGACACUGGUGAAUAUGUGCUGGAAAAACUCAGUAGCAGCAUUCAGGUCAAGAAAACAAGAGCCGAGGGGAGCAGUAAAAUCCAAGCCCGAAUGGAACAGCAGCCCACUCGUCCCCCACAGCCAUCACAGCCACCACCACCUCCACCACCUAUGCCAUUCAGAGCUCCAACAAAGCCUCCAGUUGGACCCAAAACUUCCCCCUUGAAAGAUAACCCCUCACCUGAACCCCAGCUGGAUGACAUCAAAAGAGAGCUGAGGGCCGAAGUUGACAUUAUUGAACAGAUGAGCAGCAGCAGUGGGAGCAGUUCCUCAGACUCUGAGAGCUCAUCAGGAAGUGAUGAUGACAGCUCGAGCAGCGGGGGUGAGGACAAUGGCCCAGCGUCCCCUCCGCUGCCCGCACACCAGCAGCCCUACAACAGCAGGCCGGCCGUAGCCAACGGAACCAGCCGGCCGCAAGGAAGCAACCAGCUCAUGAACACACUCAGAAAUGACUUGCAGUUGAGUGAGUCUGGCAGUGACAGUGAUGACUAGAGUCGGAUCUUUCGAAAUCAGCUCCUCGUGCACAGAUGUGCUGCUGGAUCAGGCUGCACUCGCAUGGAGCCCCUUGCUGAGAGGGACGCGCUAUGGAUCAGUGACUGUAGUAGGAGUUUGAGGCUCUGGAGGUCUCAGAUAUUCAAGUCUUUAACUUAGUGGUGAUGGGUGAUUUUCUCGUGUAAUUUUCAAACAAUCUCAUGUUGCAAAGUAGAACUAUGGAAGAACUAACAGAAUUAUUCUAUUUGGUUAACACUAUUCCUGAAAAACAGACCAAUGUACCCUGGUCUAGGUUACUCAAAGGCCGUUAUCUUUAGCAGACCAGUGAUUCAGUUUUAAACCUCAGCAGCCACAGUUUGCCCCAGUGGUUUGCACCAGUGAAAUGAAACCUGGUCUUUGAGGGGUAGGAGAGAGAGGGAAACCUCAAACUGCAGCACAGAAGUAUGUUAAAACCACUUUAAACUGUUGAGACAAAGUGGUAAGGAAGUUUUGUCUGACCCAGUCUGAUAAGCCUGUGUAGAAAUGGACUUCAGGAGGGAGUCCUAGAGUGUCCUCCUGAGGGUACACUAGAGCUCUGCUAGCUCAAGCCCCUCAUUUACAAAUAAGGAAAAAGAAGCCCACGGCUGGCUUAUGGUCGGUCUCCUACCCCCAGUCCAAGCUUUUCCUGCUGCUCCCUCCUUUAAUCUCAGUGGUUGGAACCGGAGAUUCUCAUGCAAGACAUUGAUAGUUGUACAUCAGAGCUUUUAUUCGAUUCCAAAAGACAAAAGUGUUGGGUACUUCUGGCUCAAAUUCUGAUCCAAAAAGUCCCUAAGUACAUGAGUCUGGGUGAGCAGAUUAAACCAGCAGCCACUGUGUUAACACCUGAGAUUCAGUCAGAUUGGGGGCUUUUAGUUCCAUGUAGAUCCAUGCUACAUGUGCUUCACUCAGUGCAUUUUAGUAGGGGGAGGUAGGAGUGGAAGAGCGGUAUAGUGAAGGAAUCUUUCUGAACAAAAGAAUCAGCAGCAGGUUUUCAAAAACCAGAAUCCAGAUAGGAAGCAGUUCUGCAAUAUGAAAUGAGCACAUUCUUGGAGAAGGCAUUUCUGUUCAUGCUUUUGUACCACUGUUUGUGCCUGACUCCCAGAACGAUUUGUAUUUUUGAUAUACAACUAGAAGAAAGUCACAAGAUUGCCUUUUUGCAGUGUGCAUUUUCCAAAUGAAUGUUACAGGAAACUAGUCACUAGUAAAUGUUCCAUAUUGAGUAAAUGUGUGACAAAUUGUCCCGUGAUUAGUAUGGAUAGCCCAUUUCUGUAAUUUGAAUGAAUACAAUUUGAAUGUCCUAAGAAAUUUCCAUUUACUUUGGUUCAGUGGGUAUCAAGAACGUUAAAAAUGAUUUUCCUUCCUUGGGUUCCUGCACCCAAAGAUGGCCUCUGCUUCCCCAGCUAGCAGAUGGAAGCCUCCUGGACCUGGAAAGGAAUUAGAGGAUUCAUGGUGGGGGCUUUGGUGAGAGUUGCACCUUACAGAAUCACCGGUUUGAUGCACACAGUGGCUCCAGUGAACUGGAGAUGCAGGCCCGGCGCCAUUAUCCAGUGGCACACUCACUCCCCCCACCAAGUAUAGGUAAUAGGGACACACUAGAACUCUGUGGUGGGUUCUCAGCCCAUCCUGAGGUUUCCGUGGAUUUAAUGGUAGGUAAGAAUUUAUAAUGAAUUGGUAAUUGUUUUAUAAUUCCUUGGUAAUGACAGCUCAGGGAAGGUGAAGGUCUUGAUUGGGAGACUUGACUUGUUACUGGAUGUGGGAAUUGUUUCACUGAUCUUAACUUGCUCAAGCUGGGGCAGGUUCCAGGAACUUGAACUAAAAAAAAAUCUAUUUAAGCCUCUCUGUCCUUUUUUUUUUUUUUUUUUUUUUUCUCCUAAAGUCUUGAUUUAUACAGAUAGAGCUGUGGUUUUUGGCAUGUCGGGUCAAGAUGUUUGUUUCUAUAGGAAAUGCUUGCAUGUUGCACUGGGUUUGGUGAGUUGCGAUCUGUGGGCUUCAGGCCUUUCCUCUGUCACCCAUCCCAUCUGACACUGCACGGUUGUCCUCUAGCCCACUUCCAGUUAGUUCUCUGCACAAAGCCUUCGGUGGUUCCCUCUCCCCACCCUCCACCUUUACCCACCAGAACAAGGAAUCUUUUCUUUUCAGAAAUCAAGAAUUUGGCCUCAUAGAUUACUUCUCAUGAGUAAGCUUGUACCAGCCUCCUUGGACUUGUUCUUUGUGCCUCUGUGCCUUCUCAGUCUCUCCCUCCCUUCUCCCCUGUCAGGCCUCAGGCCCGACACUCUAUAGGUGCCAUCUUCGUGGACUCUGUUUCAGCCCACUGGAGUGCUUUGUGUACGUACUGACCUUCCUCUUGCUUGAGCUCUGGUUGCUGUGAACUCCUUAAGAGCAGGGACUUGUCUGUCAUUCUCAUUGCUACUCCCUGGGGUGUCCACAGGAAUAGACAUUCAGAUGCUUAUAGCCUGGUGGGGAGGAGGCAGAGAAAACCAACCAGUGGAGUACAGAGGGUAGACAUGGAGAAAACAUUCCAAGCAUUUGGAGACAGCUGAAAAUGAUCCGUGCUGAUUUUCAUGCUUUUGAAGUCUCUAACUGAAUUGUUAAAAUUGCCUUUUCUUCGUCCUCUAUGACUACCAUCCCGUGAGUCAUUAGGUAAGGUAUAAAGACUUAAAUCCGAGGUACCCAAGAAGUCAUGGCAAGCCACAAUAAAGAUGUGAUUUGGGGAAACUUAAUACAAACUAGAGAUUUGUGAUGAUGCCACUCAUUAACUAUUUUAUUUCUAUACCAGAAUCAUUUUUCUGUGUGUGGUAUUAAUAUGUAUGUGCUUCAGUGGUGGGAAAACUUGAAAAUUCCAAAAUCUUUGCUAUCCUAAUUGAGAGGCUGAUUAAGUAGAGUGAGUGUGUGUGUGUGUGUGUGUGUGUGUGAUGUAUUUAUUACAUUAUUUUGAAAGAUAAUAGUCUGUUAUGUGGAUGUAUAUUAGGUACAGCCAAAUUGGAUGUUUCCAUUUGGCAAGGAAGGUAGGAUUUCUGAAACUCAGGCCUUAACCAGUAGGUUGGAAGACAAGACCAAUUGAAGCGUUAUGAAAUAUGUGUUUUUGUCGCUUCUGUCCUAUCUGUCUUGGGUUUAUUGUCUUAUUCUUUAAUGACUUUUAAAAUCUUGUGCCUAAAAGUUUAUUUUGCAUAAUUAUGAAGUAGAUGUGCAUGUUUACAUUUAUGUAAAAUAUUUGCUGUGUAAAGUUUUUUUGGUUUAUUCUCUUAAAGAUCACUAUAUUUAAGUAAAAAAAAAAAAGGUCAGCAAUACACUUCA